GGACCGAAGGGAAGUCCCGCCUCUGCCGCCUGGGGGACGCAGCCGACUGCGCCGCCGCCGCCAAACACCUGGCCGUGUCCCGGAGGGGAGGGCAGAUCUGAUUCCGGAGCUGCCAUGAUUGAAGUGGUAGCAGAGCUAAGCCGGGGUCCUGUAUUUUUGGCUGGGGAGGCGCUGGAAUGUGUGGUGACCGUCACCAACCCCCUUCCCCCCACGGCCACUUCUGCAUCCAGUGAGGCCCUGGCCUGGGCCAGUGCCCAAAUCCACUGUCAGUUCCAUGCCAGUGAGAGUCGAGUAGCACUGCCUCCCCCUGACUCUAGUCAGCCAGAUGUCCAGCCUGACAGCCAGACUGUCUUUCUGCCACACCGAGGUGAGAGGGGUCAGUGUAUUCUUUCUACUCCACCAAAAAUUCUAUUCUGUGACCUGAGGCUAGACCCUGGAGAGUCCAAAUCAUACUCCUACAGUGAAGUGCUGCCCAUAGAGGGACCACCCUCCUUUCGGGGUCAGUCAGUCAAGUACGUCUACAAACUGACCAUUGGCUGCCAGCGUGUCAACUCCCCCAUCACUUUACUCAGAGUCCCUCUGAGGGUUCUUGUGCUGACUGGCCUUCAGGAUGUCCGAUUUCCCCAGGAUGAGGCUGUUGCCCCAUCCAGUCCAUUCUUGGAGGAGGAUGAAGGUGGGAAGAAGGAUUCAUGGCUAGCCGAGCUGGCUGGGGAGCGCCUAAUGGCUGCCACAUCCUGCCGCAGCCUCCAUCUAUACAAUAUCAGUGAUGGCCGAGGGAAAGUUGGGACAUUUGGCAUCUUCAAAUCUGUGUACAGACUUGGUGAAGACGUGGUGGGGACCUUAAACUUAGGGGAAGGAACCGUAGCUUGUUUGCAGUUUUCAGUAAGCUUACAGACCGAGGAGCGUGUACAGCCUGAGUACCAGCGGCGACGUGGGGCAGGGGGUGUCCCCUCUGUGUCACAUGUGACUCACGCCCGGCACCAGGAAUCCUGCCUACAUACAACCAGAACCAGCUUCUCCCUCCCAAUCCCUCUCAGCUCCACCCCAGGCUUCUGCACAGCCAUUGUGUCCUUAAAGUGGAGAUUGCAUUUUGAAUUUGUAACAUCCCGAGAACCAGGAUUGGUACUUCUUCCCCCUGUGGAACAGCCUGAACCUGCCACCUGGACAGGUCCUGAGCAAGUACCUGUAGACACCUUCAGCUGGGACCUCCCCAUCAAGGUGCUGCCUACCAGCCCCACCCUGGCCUCAUAUGCUGCCCCAGGCCCCAGCACAAGCACCAUAACCAUCUGAAACUGGCCCAUCCUGGUGCUAGUUCCUUCCGGAUACUGAGAACUCAGCACCUGGACUCUAGUGGGAACCACUUUUUCCACCUGAGGUCCAAUGGCGCGGACAAUGAGAGUCAGCCUUUCAGCCAUAGCAUUAAUUUAUUUAUUCAGAAUACAUUGGCAGCUGCUAGUGGUUUCCCUGGAAGUGGCAGCAGCAGUGAGCGGUCAGCAGAUGGGUGAUCAGUUGAGUUUAGCUGGAGUGGGGAGCAGGAGCCCCAGGAACAGGGGUGUUGGCUGAGCCCCACUCUGGGUCAGGCCCUCCCCCUUUGCAGGGUAGCCGAGGGUCAGAUUUUUGCACCAACGAGAACUGGCAAGUUCCUGCCUCCUGACGUACCUCACACCCAGCCGGGAAGUCAAUGGGAUGCUGGGACCUGAGGAACCAAGGAUGAGGGAAGGAGUCAGCACAGUGAAAGGCUGCCUUUAUCCCUGCCCAUGUUCCAUCUCUCACAGCUUUCCCCCGAGAGUCUCCUUGAGUGGCCUCUUGGUCCUCCUAACUAAGCUCUCACCUACCAUAUGUAGGCUUUUUUGUUAUAUAACAGGAGUAUUUUUUCUCCAGGUCCAACCCAACCUCCCCCGAUUUAUAGCCUAAAGCCUUAUCUUUCACACUAGUCUUGGUCCCUUCAGGGUCAGCCCACCUCGUACUGCUCUUCUGUUCAUUCUUACAUCACAGCAAUCCAGUCACUCCGUGAUCAUCCCUCAGUCACUCAAAUCAGAGUCAUUCUCUGGUCAUCUUUAGUCACUCACGUGUCACAGCAGCCCACACCGACAGGAUGCAGACAGGUGCAAUGGAAACAGUCCUUGCGGAGCCAAGACUCACCCAGGGUGAAAUAUUUCCCCUCAUAGUGACAGGGGGCUAGGGAAGAAAGGGAAAUGUUAGUGGGUGUAGGAGUGCUGAUGAGAGGCAGAGUCUCUUCUGGUCUUGGGUGGAGAAAAUAAUUAUGUACUAUCCCCAUAUUUAGCUUUUCUUUCCUGUUUCACAGCUGGAGGGAGCCUGGGUAUUCUGACACAGGAUCAUCUCUAAGGCCCUGUCCUCCCAGUGCCCUCUCUGCUCCUCCUUCUUUCCUAACACCUCACCCCAUUUUACCUUGAGCUUGGAAGUAACACUUGCUGUAGACUCCUGGGUGCAGGAGGAGUAGAGACAUCACCAAGCAGAUGAUUCCCCAGCCUCCUAGGAUCCCCUUGGCCUGUCCAGCCCAGAGCAUCCUCAGGGCCAUUGCUGCUGCACAGCCCUCUCGGACCUCGGCCUCUGCUCAGCUACUCUAGUCUUGACUCCUUGACUUUGCUUUGUGUUGCUCCUUGAGUCUUAGUUUCUCUCUUUCUUCCCUGGGCUCCUGUCUCACACUAUCUCCCUGCCCUCUGCUCUCACAGGCUGGGGAUGUUUAUAAAGUGAGGACCCUGGCCCCCUGCUGAGCAGAGCUGGAAAAGCUGUAACUCUGUUUCCUGAGGUGAGGGCAUGAAAACAAGAGAUCUAGCUUUAACAAGCUGUGAGAGCUGAUUCAUGCCCCGGCACAGCUAGAGGGAGGGAGGUGGCCAUGGAGGGGGCACUGGAUUGGGCACUUCCCCAGCAAGGAGGUAGGAGGGGGUGAGGGCCCCCAGGUGGUCUCCAAAUCUCUUCCCUGACCUGGAGACAAGGAAGCAUUCCACCUUCCCCUUUUCUCCCCCACUGCCACCACCAGGGGUGUGUAUGCUGGGAUCCCUGCCUGGACCGGAGGGAGGCAUUUCCUGGGGAUGGUUAAUCCUGUGCCCCAGCCAAACCCAGGAGCUGCAAUAGGGUGCGACGGCCAGGCUCCAGGAGAGCGAGCAGGCACCUGGAGUGGAGACUGUUUCCCUCAGACCCUAGGGCAGGGUUUCCCUAAUGUAUCCAAGAAAUAGGGCUGCCCCUCAGAGGUGAUAGAGGUCUCUUUUCCUCAGGCAUUCCAGAGGUGAACUGUCCAUUGCUUAUCACCCUCAAACAUACAGCAGAUUCGGGAUCAUCCCACACCUGGGGAUGGUUCUUUCCCCCUUUCAAAGAGGAGCAUCUCUAAGUGCCCUGAUGGGAGGAAUCACUCCAGUUUCACAGAGGUGUCCUCUCUUUCCUUCCAUAUGUAAUGAAGUGAGGUUUUUCGGAAUUUGUCAUUUAGCAUCCUCCUUUGAGUUUCCCACAGGUUCUGGAGGAUCUCAGGAUGGAUGAUUGAGAGCAUAGGCUGUAGAGAUAGUCUCCUUGGAUUCAGAACCUGACUUCACUUAGCUGUGUGACCUGUCCAGAUUACUUCACCUUGCUGAGACUGUUUGCUCAUCUAUAAAUUGUGGGUAGUAUUGCCAACUCAUCGGGCUAUUAUGAGGAUUAAAUAAGAUGAUGUGUGCAGUGCUCUUAUCACCAUCUCUGGUGCGUAAGCAUCAGAAAAUAGCAGUUGCUGUCAUUGGUACUAAAGCUCAGAGGCA